AUGUCGUUAUUACCCGAAAUCAUCUCUAAUUUAAACUCAGACCCUUCGAGAUUAAAUGAUUUUAUAGCCUAUCUUUCAAAAAAUCAUUGUCUAGAAACCCUUCAAUUCAUCCAAGAUGCCUCGAGAUACCGAGCAUGUUACGCAGAGAUAGAACUAUGGGAAGAUCUUCUAGGCACCUAUAUCCUUUCUAACGGAGAUCGCGAGGUCAACCUGCCCUGUGAAGUUAGGACCCGACUUCUUGGGUUGCGUUCUUCUUCAUUGCCUCCACAUCCAUCGGAACUGGAUCAUGCCAUCCAAAUUGUCCUUGAGCUCAUGGAGGACUCGAUCCUCCCUGGGUUCCUGAAGUCUUAUGAGUCGCUGGAUCAAUCGAGAGGUGGAGUGGUUGGUGGCUGGAGGGGACUUCUCGGCCGACUUCCACGGAGAGUUUCAACGCCCACAUCAGAAGGGGACCACGAGGAUUCUGUGUCGCGGUCUUCCAGUUCAAGAGAGGACGAUGAGGGCACUCAUUGUACACGCCGCUUCUUCUUAAAAGCCGCCCCCGCAUCACCUCGCAGGCAUCUUCUGCGGCCUCUAGAAGAGUUACUUGACCAUACUGUCUGCAGUGUCAGGAGUAUGAAAUGGUUCAAGGAGCCGCCAGAGAAAGAUGGAGCAGCAGGCACUGAGAUCGAUACCAAAGAUAAGGAGGUCAGCGCAAAGCUUCUGGAAUAA